UUUAACUUAGCAGCCAUUAUCACCAUGGCAGAAACAAACAAAGAAAGUGAAAGUGAGGAAAAGACGGAGACUACGAAGCAGAAACAGGAUGAAAAGCAGCCAUUUACAGUGAAGCUGGAAGUGGAUUGUAUGCAAAUUGUUUUGUUUCUGGCCGCCCUGGCAACACGAACAUGGCAGAUUGGCGUUCCUCGAGCAGUUGUGUUUGACGAACUCCAUUUUGCCAAGUUUGUCUCACUCUACUUGCGAAGAAUAUUCUUCUUCGAUACCCACCCUCCCCUGGGCAAAAUGAUCCUGGCGUUUGCAGGUGGCUACAUGGGCUUUGAAGGGGACAUUGGCUUUGAUAGGAUUGGAGCAGGUUUUCCACCGGAUUACCCAGUACGCGAGGUACGACUGGUGCCCGCAGUGUGUGGCAGCAUGGUUGUCCCCCUUGUGUACCAAAUAGCCGUGGAGCUGGGACUCUCGCGAUGGGCUGCCCUACUGGCUGGGUCAUUCAUAUUAUUGGACAACGCCCUAUUGGUCCAGUCGAGGUUUAUGCUUAUGGAAGGGAUGCUGCUGUGCUUUAUGUGUAUUGCUCUGCUUGGGUUCCUGAAAUUCCGUAACCUUGCUCACAGGGAGUUUUCACUGAUGUGGUGGUUUUGGUUGUGUGUCACGGGCUUGGGGUUCACGUGUGCCCUCAGUGUGAAGUAUGUCGGGUUUUUCACAGGUGUACUUAUUGUGUAUCUGGCAGGCAAAGAUUACUGGAGGAUGAUCGGAGAUUUCUCACGAUCCGAUGCUAAUCUGGUAAAGCACCUAGCAGCCCGUGUGUGUAUGUUUGGAGUGGUUCCCUGCGCCCUCUAUGUGUACAUAUUCUAUCUACAUCUGUCGACACUGACGAAAGCUGGGCCCCAUGAUAAUGUGAUGACCAGCGCUUUUCAGGCUAGCCUUGAGGGAGGCUUAGCUACGUUGACCAAAGGCCAGCCACUGUACGUUGCCUUCGGAUCUCAGAUUACAUUACGUCACACAUACGACCCCAGCCCCGGGAAGCCAUGUUGGCUCCACUCCCACGCGCACGUGUAUCCCGUGCGUUACAAGGACGGGCGGGGAUCCAGCCACCAGCAGCAGGUCACAUGCUACUACUUCAAGGACGUGAAUAAUUGGUGGAUCGUUAAACACCCAGACAGGGAUGAGAUGGUUGUUGACGAUCCAGUACAGCCAGUAAAACAUGGUGAUGUGAUACAGCUGGUGCAUGGUCUUUCCAGCAGAGCACUCAACAGCCAUGAUGUGGCAGCCCCAAUGACUCCUCAGUGCCAGGAGGUCUCGUGCUAUAUCAACUACAACGUUUCGAUGCCGGCACAGAGCCUUUGGAAAGUGGAAAUAGUGAACCGCGGUGAUGAUGGAUCAAAAUGGGAGACUAUCAAGAGUCAGGUUCGACUGAUCCACAUUAAAACGGGACAGGCUCUUAAGAUCACUGGCAAUGUUCUGCCGGAGUGGGGAUUUAAUCAGUUAGAAGUGGCCACAGACAGAAUUGUUCAGCAGGAGGCGACGAUCUGGAACGUGGAAGAACACAGAUAUACCAAGGAUGAGGACAAAGACUUGCAGAUGGCGUCGCUGCAGCUGUCUGAGAUGAUCCCGACGAAACCGACGGAACUUUCAUUUUGGGAGAAGUUUAUAGAAUUACAGCUUAAGAUGUUGUUUGUGAGCGCAGACAAAGAGAUGGAACACAAAUACGCCUCAAGUCCGCUAGAAUGGCCUCUAAUGAACAAGAAUGUGGCUUACUGGAUGAGUGGAAAUAGUAACGCUCAGAUUCAUCUCCUCGGCAACAUUUUUAUCUGGGUCUGUGGCACAUUGAGUCUUGUCGUCUUGUCCGCAUUUCUGGUCUUCUACCUGCUAAGAAGACGACGUCUGGUCUGUGAUCUCGAAGAAGGAGCGUGGAGCCAGUUUCCAUUUGUAUGGGAGUUAGUCACGGUGGGCUACCUACUCCACUUCCUGCCACACUUUCUCACGGACCGAACCCUGUUCCUUCACCAUUACCUGCCGUGUGUGAUCUUCAAGGUGCUUGCCGUGGCCGCGCUUGUGAAUCAUGUGGAGGUCUGCAUACGAAGGUCACCAUAUGUUAGGUACGUCACAUGUAAUGUUGUCGUCAUACUGAUAGCAGGUGCCACCUGGGUAUUUCGGGAACUUUGUGUCGUCUCGUACGGAAACACCGAUAUCACGCCUACAGACAUAGAGCGUCUAACGUGGCUGGAAUCUUGGGACUUUCUCCAGCAUACAAUGUGAUAGUUGUGUGAUGAA